ACAAGUGAAUAAGGGCGAGAUGUUAGUUGUUUUGAUUUAUAAUAUUUGUACAAGUCAAAAGUUUGCUAAGGAGAGGUUCAAACAAACCUGUUUUUUUUUUCUUGUUUGAAUUGAUUUGGGCGUACAAAUAGCUAAUGUUGAAAUGUUGGUAUUCCGGAACUACCCCUCUUCCUCUCUUUGUCAAUUUAGUCAAACAGCAUUUAGUGGUGCAUUUGACAUUGUUUCAACUUUUAAGCACUUUGGGAAUGCAGAGGAUUCAAUGAAGCAGUGAACUCCAUUGCUGCUGAGCUGAUCAGAUUCAGUAUUUUCAUGAGAGAGAGCUAAAGCUGCAACAAUGGCGUGGAUUGAUAAUUUGUUGUACUGGUUCAAAGACCAGGAUUUUGCAAGGACAAAACCUGUUGCCCUUUUGUUCUUUGCUGGAGUCAUGGCCACAUUGCUACAUUCUGAAACUAAACGCUUAUACUCUUCGUGGUGGGAUACUGGUCAUAUUCAAAAUAACUCAAAAUGGCUUCAACAUAAUCUUACUGAAAUGGAUGCUAAAGUAAAGGCAGUGAUCAAGAUCAUUGAAGAAGAUGCAGAUUCAUUUGCAAGAAGGGCUGAAAUGUAUUACAAGAGAAGACCUGAGCUAAUGAAGCUAAUAGAGGAGCUCUACAGGGCAUACCGGGCACUAGCGGAAAGAUAUGAUCAUGUAAUUGGGGAGCUCAGGCAGGCCCAAAAAACCAUGUCAGAGGCAUUUCCCGACCAACUACCCUUUCUACUGGCUGAAGAUUCACCCAUGAGAUCUUCCACACAAAUUACUGAACCACAUACUCCAGAAAUAUUGUGCCUUCGUGCAUCGUCUUAUACACAUGAAUUUCAUCAGUCCACUACAGGUUUAAUACCAUCUGGUAUACAUGCUGCUCUGAAGAUUGGAUCUCAUAAUGGUGAUUCUAAUAAGGGAACAAGUGACUGGGGUUUAAAGCAGUUGCUUGAGAUGCUUGGGGCAGGAGAAGAAAUGCUUAAGAGCACAAAGUUCCUCGAAGGAAAAUUGAGUAUUGGAUUGAACAGAAACACAGAAGAAAAGGAAAAAUGUUUGCAUGAUAAAGUAUCUGAAUUGUCAAAUGAGGAUGGGAAUAUCAAUUCCAAGAUCCUCGCUCUCGAUGAGUCAGAGCAUGCUGAUCAAGCUGAAGCUGAAGUUCAAAACCUGAAGGAAAUCCUAGCUGUCAUGCAAGCAGAAAAGGAAGCUACUGUCAUUCGGUAUCAGCAAUGCAUGAAUCAGUUAUAUGCUGCAGAGAGGGAACUCAAUAGCGUACAGAAGGACUCCGUGAAGUUCUGUGAACAAGCUAGCACAGCUGAAAAUGAAAUCCAGAAGAUGAAGGAAUCCCUUAUCAAAUUAGAGGCUGAACGAGAUGCUGAUUUGAGCAAACACAAGAAGUGUCUGGAAAGGAUAUCUCAUCUGGAAGUUACGGCUUCUCAAGCACUUGAAGACACAAAAGAACUAAAAAAGAGAUCAAUUAAGGCAGAAACCGAAGCUCAGAAUCUUAGGAAUGAGAUCUCUAAGUUAGAGUCUGAAAAGGAUGUUGUCCUUCAUGAGUAUAAGCUAAGAAUGGUAAACAUAUUUGACCUUGAGGAAAGACUCUUGGUAGCUCAGGAAGAAUCCAGAAUGCUUACGGAGAUAGCUGAUAAAGCUGAAGCUGAGAUCAAGAAACUGAAAAUUGUUCUGAUGGAACUCAAUGAAGAGAAAGAAGCUGCUGGUGGUGACUAUAAACAUUGUCUGGACAGAAUAUCAAACCUUGAGAAUGAGCUUGCUUGUUCCCAAGAGGAUGUAAAGCGCUUGAAUGCUGAGAUUUCAACAGGAGCUGCAAAGCUUAAAGAUACUGAAGACAAGUGUGUUGUGCUGGAGAUAUCAAAGCAUUCAUUGUACCUAGAGAUAGAUAAUUUGGCAAAGAAGAUUGCAAUGAAGGAUCAAGAACUCUAUGAGAAGAAGAGGGAAUUAGAGGAACUCCAAACUGAUUUUCAAAAUUUGCACUUAAGCCAUGCACAACUUGAAGUAACUCUUCAGGCUCUGCAAUAUUUGCACUGUCAAUCGCAAGAAGAGCAGAGAGCUCUGACCAUGGAGCUCAGAAAUAGUCUUGAGCUGUUGAAGGAAGUGGAAGAAUGCAAAAAUAGUUUGGAAGGUGAACUUAAGCGGGUGACGGAUGAAAACCAUAGCCUGAAUAAACUGAAAUUUUCCUUAAGCAAUUCGAUCGAGAAGCUGGAGAAUGAAAUACUUAGCUUGAGGAAGACGGAGGAGAAACUUGAAGCGGAGGUUGCACAACAAGUGGGACUAAGUAGCAACAUUCAACAAGAUAUUGCAUGUUUGAAAGAGGAACUCAAGGACCUGAACGGGAGCUACCAGGCUUUAGUACAGAAAGUGAAGGCUGCAGGUAUAAACCCUGAAUGUGUCGACUCUUCAAUAAAGAGCUUGCAGGAAGAGAACUCCAACCUCAGGAUAAUCUGUGCGAACACCAAAUGCGAGAAUGAUGUCCUCCACAAGAAGUUGGAGGACAUUGAUGAACUUUUGAAGAAGAAGGCUGUUCUGGAGAGUUCCCUCUCAGGUGUAACUGGUGAGUUGCAGGGAUCACAGGAAAAGGUGAAAGCAUUGCAAGAGUCUUUUCAAAUUCUGAAUGGAGAAAAAUCCAUUCUUGUUGCUGAGAAAGCCGCUCUACUCUCUCAGUUGCAAAUUAUAACUGAGAAAAUGCAGAAACUCCUGGAGAAAAAUGCUAUGCUCGAGAACUCUUUUUUGGGUGCAAAAGUUGAACUUGAAAGUCUAACUGAAAAAGCAAAUAGUUUUGAAGAGAUAUGUCAAUUGCUGAAGACAAGAGUUAAGGAAUCAGAAGAGAAGUAUGCUUGCCUAGAGAAGGAUAAACAAGCAGAACAGCUACAACUUCAAGAACUUAGAGUUUCUGUUAAAAUGGAGAAACAAGAAAAGAUCAACUUUAUGCAUCAGAGUGAGACCCGAUUAAUUCAUAUGGAAAACCAUAUCCAUCACCUACAGGAAGAGAGUAAGUGGAGGAAGAAAGAAUUUGAAGAAGAACUCGACAAAGCUUUAAAAUCCCAGUUUGAAAUUUUCAUCCUGCAGAAAUUUAUGCAAGAUAUGGAAGAAAAGAAUUUUUCUCUGUUGAUUGAAUGUCAGAAACAUAUUGAGACAUCAAAAUUGUCUGACAAACUGAUUACAGAGUUAGAGAAUCACAUCCUGAAACAACAGGUUGAAGCAGACCUUUUGGUAGAUGAGAUCGAAAGGUUGAGAAUGGUGAUAUAUCAAGUUUUCAAGGCCAUUGAAAAUGAUUCUGACUUUGCGUCUGAAGGAAAGGUGGAAACUGAACAAACCUUCCUGCAUUAUAUUUUGGGCAGUGUUGACGAUCUGAAACUUGCACUCAGAAUGUACGAGUGUGAUAAGCAACAGUUGUUGAUUGAGAACUCAGAUCUUCUAAAUAGACAUGCUCAGCUGAAAUCAGAGGGCCUGGAAUUGGAGUCAAUGAAGAAAUCUAUAGAGGAGGAGCUUAAUAUUGUGGCAGAGAAGCUGGUUAAAGUGCAGAAAGAAAACCAUUGCUUUCUAGAGAUGAACAAGAAAUUACAGUCUGAAAUGAGCAGCAGUACUCAACUAAAUGCCAUACUUGAGGUGGAGGUACAGACUGUCUGUGUCAAGCAUGGUGAGUUGCAGACAGCUUACUUUCAAUUACAAACGAAAUACUCUCAAGUACUUCAUCAGAAUGAGACAUUGUUGACAAAGAUAUCAGAGAUCAAGGAGGAGAAAUGGAUAGUGGAGCAGGAAAAUGAUGUUUUCCUACUUGAGAUACUGGUGCUGGGUAAUUUCUCUGACAUUUUGAAGAGCUAUUCUAGUGAAAGAACAGCUGAGCUAGAGUCAAUUUUUGAAGAUAUACGCAAACUUCAUGGUGCUACGCUUGACUUGGAGAAGGAGAUGGAUGUAUUGAAUGGGAAGCUGGAGAUGAAGGAAACUGAAAACCUACUCCUGAAAAAAUCAAUUGAAAGGUUAGAAGAAGAGCUCCAUGGGGUGAGAGAAUCUAAUGAUCAUCUCAAGUUGGAAAUGUCAACUGGAAAAGAACUUCAGGGUAAGCAGGAAAUUCAACUUAUGGAAGCAGAACAGAACAUUAAAGUAUCUGAAAAAUUGAACUCAGAAUUGCAUAGGGCUCUGGAUGUACUGAAGACCGACUGUCUAGAAUCCUCGAAAUUGAAUGAAGAUCUAGAAAAAAAGAUAUUUGAAAUGUUGAGAGAUAAUACCACUCAGAACAAGGAAAUUGGAUCUCUUCAAGAAGCAAACACGAAUUUGGUGGUUGAAUUAGGAAAAUUGCGUGAAGAAAUUGAAGAGCAUCGAAUCAGAGAAAACUGCCUAAGUUCAGAGCUCCAAGAGAAAGACUAUGAGUUUGGACUAUGGGAGGCAGAGGCAGCAACAUUUUAUUUCGAUUUGCAAAUUUCCUCCACACGAGAAGGAUUAAUGGAAAGCAAGAUGGAUGAGUUAAGUGAGAUUUACGGGAGACUUAAGAAUGAAAAUGCUUCCAAAAGUUUGGAGAUUGAACAGAUGAAAAUGUUAAUCAAUUUAAUGGAAAGUGAAAUUGGAGAACAAAAGUCACACUUACAUGCAUAUGCUCCUGUAAUAGCCUCUUUAAGGAAUGAUGUGGUAUCGCUUGAGCAUAAUGCACUCCUUCAGACGAGCCUUAAGCUAGCUGGCUCUCAGGAACCUAAGUGUGUUGACAUUGAGGUUCAGCCAGAUGAAAGUAGAUAUGGAAAUCUGACGGAAAAUCAACUUGUCAUGACAAAAGACAUUCUAGAUCUGCAGGAGCUCAGAGACAGGAUUAAAGCAGUUGCCGAAGUAGUGAAUAAGAGGAACAAGCCUAUUUUACAGGUAUCUUCCUACAACAAAAUAGGUCGAGGUAGUACUGAAACUGAAGUUAAGGAAUCAAAAUUUCGGUAUAGCUUUGAUCUAGAAGAGGAUGAGCAUAUAGAAAGAAGGAGUCCAAGGAAUGAAUAUGGUGAAGGUCAUUACAGGCGAAAGACCAAGCCUAAAUCCUUUGACAUCCAAAAGAGGAUACUGAUGAAAGAUAUACCACUUGAUCAUGUUUCUGAUGGCUCACAACAAAGAAUUAGAACAAGUGGUUCUUCUGAUGUUGACGGAGCAGAUGAUCAGAUGCUUGAGCUAUGGGAAACCACAGAGGAAGGUAGUCCCAGUAAAAUUAUGAAGGAACGGGCAAAUCAUCCACCAACAGAAUCAGAGGUGGAGAAGGAGUUGGGUGUUGAUAAGUUAACGAACUCCUUUGACGCAAGAGUUGAAACAAAUAAACAGAUUCUGUACCGGCUUUCCUCUGAUGCAGAGAAAUUGGUUAGUCUUCAAAUGACUGUUGAUAACAUGAGAAGGAAAUUGGAUAAGAAAAGAAAGGCUAGGAAAGACAAAUAUGUUGACUUUGUAGCAGCAAAAGAACAGUUAAAAGAAGUUGAAUUAACGAUUGUGCAGCUGGUGAAUUUGAAUGGACAUUUGAUGAAGAAUACAGAAGAAAGCACACAUUUUACAGGAAGCACUUCAACAUAUUCAAAGGAGUUGUUGAAUAUCAGGGGAAAGAGAGAUUUAGAAGAGGCGAGAAAGGGGUCUGAGAAGAUUGGACAUCUACAAUUGGAGGUUCAAAAACUUGAGAGCAUGCUACUGAAACCGGGGGAUAAAAAGAAAAGCAUAGACAGAAGCAGAUUUUACUCAAGUAUUGCAUUGAAGAAGUUGAUUCAUAUUGGAAAAAGCAGCAGUGAAAAGGAAAAAAAUGUCCAUCUUUGUGGAUGCUUUACACCUUACAAUAGCAACAACAUCAGUAGUAAUAGAUACCACAUCUGAAAUGCUUCAGAUUUUCCAAGAUAUUUUACUGCUUGUGUUGUUUCUUCUGUAGUCCGAAGCUGGAAAACUGAUACACAUUCAGUUUUAGCCCUUUAGAUGAAUCAUAACAGUUAGAUUGGAGUAUUUUUGUUGUUUAACUCAGUUUUGACUAUUUUAGCAAUAACAAUACUAUACUUUCUUGAUUUGUAAUUUAAGCUUUCUAGUUAUUGGUAGCCAAUCUAGCUGUUUUAACAGUGAAACUAUAUUAUAUGAUGUGCAUGUAGAGUUUCUGCAAAA